AUGAGAGACUUGUUAAGAACUUGGGCUACAGUAUUUACGGUGGUGUUUUUUCAAGCUUUUGUAAAAGCAGAACAAUACUUGACCUACACAAGGUUAAAUAACGACAAAGACACGUUAAUGAUAGGUAUCCCCGAGUAUGUUGAAAUGGGAGACACUAAUAACUUGACAUUCCAAGCAAACAUGUCAAUGAGUAUAAGUAAUGAGAUCAUCAUUAAUUUGGAUGGUAUAGAAGAUCUAUAUUAUGAAAGGAAUCCUACAAUCAUGAGAGAGGAUAUACUGGAAACGAAUUUGACAAAUUUCUUUAUUAAUGUGGUAGCCCCAUUAUUAGGUGUUAGUCAUUUAGUGACUAACGAUACUGAGGCAGUUCUAAAGAGACAAUGGUUCUGUUCGCAUGGGAAACUUUAUUGUAGUGCCAUAUAUGUGAUAAAUUGGUUUACUAAGACUUACUUUAACACUAUAGGGUGGGGUCGCUAA